AUGGGUGCGCUCAGCAAGAUGGCCGCCGCAGGCGCCGCCGCCUGUGCGGCCACGGGCGCGGUGGCGUUCCUGCACCCGGGUACCGCUGGCCAGGGUGCGCAGCUCAGGACCGCCGCCAGCCUGCGCGGGGCCGCCCCCUCUGCAGGGGCCGCGUCCCCAGCCGCCGCCGCGGCUGGGGCGGCUCGAGCCGCCGAGUGCGCAGGCACGGCGGCGGCCGCGGGGCUGCUGCUGGCUGGUGCCGCCCGGAGCCGUCGCCGGCCGAAGCGCGGCAACGAGGGCGCGCACGUCGCGCUCCAGGCGGCCGCCAGGCCCGCGGGCGGCUCGGGCCUCGAGGAGCUGGCCGGCGAGCUGCUGGCGAGCCCGCAGCGUGCGGAUGCCGAGUUCGCCCGCCGCGUGCGGCUCGCGGCGGCGGAGGAGCUCCGCUCCGGCCGGCAGCGCGGCCGCUCCGCGCAGCAGGCGUUCGCGGCCGCCGCCGAGGGCGCUGGCGCCCAAGGGGGGCCCGAGGGGCACCUGCGCUGGUGCGCCAGUGCGCUGGCCUCCAUGCUGCUGGCGCUCACAGUCAGCAUCGAGCCCGCGAGCGCGCUCGACCAGGUAACCUACUCCGACUUCCUCGAGGAGGUGAACAAAGGGAACGUGGAGAUGGUCCGCGUCCAGAACGAUAUGAUGAGCGCGCAGUAUACCUCCAAGGACGGAUCCCGCCACGAGCUGGCUUUGGUGCCCAACAUGCAGGUGCAGGAUCAGCUCUUCAGCCAGCUCGCGGACAAGAAGGUUGACGUCGUGAUGCAGAACGCCAACGCCGACAACGGUGGCCCUUUCGCAUUCCUGGCGCGCUUCGCCGGCCCCAUCGCUUGGCUAAUCGCGGGCCUGCUGCUGCUGUUCGGGGGCACGGGCGCCGGCGGACCCGCGGGGCCCAUGGGCCAGAACCCGUUCCAGCUGGGCAAGUCGCCCGCCAAGAUCAUCAAGGACGGAGACACCAAGGUGAAGUUCCUGGACGUGGCCGGCUGCGACCAGGCCAAGGAGGAGCUCGUGGAGGUGGUGGACUUCCUGAAGAACACGUCGCGCUACGCGGAGCUGGGCGCCAAGAUCCCCAAAGGCGCGCUGCUGGUCGGCCCGCCGGGCACCGGAAAGACGCUGCUGGCGAAGGCGGUCGCGGGUGAGGCCGGCGUGCCCUUCUUCAGUGUGUCGGCCGCGGAAUUCGUCGAGGUCUUCGCGGGCAUCGGCGCCUCUCGCGUCCGUGACCUCUUCGCGGACGCGAAGAAGAGCGCGCCAUGCAUCAUAUUCAUCGACGAGAUUGAUGCCGUGGGGCGCCAGCGCAGCGCCGGCUUCGGGCAAGGCAACGACGAGCGCGAGCAGACGGUGAACCAGCUGCUCACUGAGAUGGACGGCUUCGAGGCCAACAACGGCGUGGUCGUCCUGGCGGCGACCAACCGCGCCGACGUGCUGGACAACGCCCUGACGCGCCCCGGCCGUUUCGACCGCAAGAUCCAGGUGGACCCGCCGGACGUUGAGGGCCGCGCCGCCAUCCUGAAGGUGCACGCCAAGGACAAAUCGCUCGCGCCCUCCGUCGACCUGGGCAUGGUGGCGCGCCAGACGCCUGGCAUGGCGGGCGCCGACCUGGCAAACCUGCUGAACGAGGGGGCCAUCCUGGCGGCGAGGCGGAACGCCAGCGAGAUCGAGCAGGACGACAUCGCAAGCGCGCUGGAGCGCAUCCAGAUCGGCCUCGAGAAGAAGGACGGCGCCAUGUCGGAGAAGAAGAGGCGCUUGGUCGCGUACCACGAGGCUGGCCACGCCAUCCUGGGCGCGCUGAUGAACGACUUCGACGUGGUGGCGAAGAUCAGCAUCGUGCCGCGAGGGCCAGCCGGCGGGGUCACCAUCUUCAUGCCUACGGAAGACCGGUUAAAUUCGGGCCUCUAUUCCAAGGAGUUCCUGGAGAACCGCAUGUGCGUCGCGCUCGGUGGCCGCAUCGCGGAAGAGAUCAUCAACGGCAAGGACAAUGUGACCACGGGCGCCUCCAACGACUUCCAGCAGUGCACCCAGGUGGCCAACGCCAUGGUGGCCCAGCUGGGCAUGUCGGAGGUGGUCGGCCAGCGAGUGGUGGGCGGCGGUGACCAGGGCAACCCGUUCAUGGGCCGCGACAUGAUGGGCGGCGGCGCCCCGCCGGUCUCUCAGGCCCUGCGUGAGAAGGUGGACGCUGAGGUGAAGAAGAUCGUGGACGAGCAGUACGAGCGCGGCAUGUACCUCCUUAGGUCGAACAUGCCCCUCCUGGAUGCGCUGGCGGACGACCUGCUCGAGAAGGAGAAGGUAGGCGGCGAAGAGCUCGUGAAGCUUGUCAACAGGAUGGCGGCCGAGGGCAAGCUGGUGAUGGGCGUCCCGAAGAUGGCGUCGCUCUUCAAGGGCCUCGCGCGUGAGGUGCUGCAGCGUGCCCUUAUGGACACGCACGGCAUCUGUCGGCAAUCGAUGCUAGGCCCGGCGGGCCACGUGCCUUGCGGUGUCCCGAGGCGCAUGCGCCCGCUGCUCGCGGCCAGGUCCGCGGCCGCCCUCUCGCUGCGGGAGCCGCAGCGGCUGGAGCCCGUGAGCCUGCGGUCGCCCGUGGGCCCCAGCCCCGAGGACGAGUGGGCCGCGUGGGCGAGCUGGGCACUGGAUGGGGCAGGCUCGGCGUCGCCGCCCGGCCCCCUCGGCGCCCCGCGCGGCGCCGCGGCGCCGCUGCAGAAGGGCCUGGCGCCCGGGGGCCUGGCGGGCCUGGAGAGGGAGCUGCAGAGCACCAAGCUCUCGUGCUCCCAGCAGCUGGUGGGGCUCCACAAUGUGGCCUCGCAGCUGCGGCUGCAGGUGGAGAUGCUGCACGGCCUGCAGUCGCCCGUCGCGGGCGGGGGCGGCGGCGCGCGCGCCCCGCAGCGCUCGCUGCCGCGGUGCAGGGCGACGAGCCCGCUCCGCGCGGCGGGCGGGGCCCGCGAGGCUGCCGCCAACAGCCCGUCGCCCGCCGCAGCCUUCGCGAAAGCCUCCGACGGCACCGUGGCUGUCGCCGCCGCUGGCGCGCCGGGCAGCCCGGUGGGCCCCGCGGCCAGGGUUUCCGACAGGCAGGUCAGCCCCGGGCGGCCAGAGGCGCCGCGCAGGUUGCCGCAGCUGCUGGAUCCGGUGGCGGAGGCGCCGCGCUCGCCCGGCGCCGCGGCCACUGGGCGGAGCGGGGCGCGGAGUUUGUCGCAGGAGCUCACCGCGGGGCAGUGGUCGGGCGAGGAGAAGGAGCGGUACGUGCAGGGCCUCAUGCGACCUUACCUGGCGGGGGAGGACGGCCUCAUCCAGCUGUUCGUCGACGUUUUCUGCAGCACGCCGCUGCCCGCUCCCUGGCUCCCGUGCCGCGACAGUCAGGACAGGGUCGUGUUCCUGAACGCGCAGACGGGCGAUACGGCCUGGUACAGCCCGCUCGACGGCGUCAUGAAGGAGAUCGCCAUGAUCUGCCGGGCCUUUCUGCAGCUGCCGCCAGCCCAGCGGAACUUGUGCAUCUCGUCCCUGCAGGAGCAGUGGGACUCCGAGAUCACGCAGGAGCUGGGCCAGUGGACGCAGGCGCAGGACAAGAUGAGCGGCCAGAGGUACUACUACCACCAGGCCACCAAGAACGCCAUGUGGCAGCCUCCUGGCGAGGUGCUCCUGCCGGCCCACUACUUCCGCAUGAGGUUGACGGAGAUGUUCCGGCACCAAGGUCUCCCGGAGGCCACCGCAGCCCCAGCGCGGAGUGCCACCACCUCGCUUCCAUCACCCGCGCUGGUGCCCGACUGCGACGCGGCGAGGAGGAGCGCCGCGGGCACGGCGGGCGAGGGCGCCGCGGCGGACGGAGCCUGCGACGGCGGGGCGCACAGCGCGCGGCUGCAGGCACAGAGGUCUCUCCUGAGGAGAGCCGACAGCUCGUCGUCUGGGAGGUGA